AUGAGCCUUCUAGAUGAGAGGACCUCACUUUUGACGGAUGCAGGACGAUCAGAUGGAAAUCAAAGGCAGGAUGGACAAGCAAUUUCGGGGGGUCCUGAAACUCGCUCAGGGCCAACCACACUUAGAGAAGGAGAAUCUGUGGAUGGUGCGGAAACCAUAGUUGACGCAGCAACUAUCAGCAAUGUAGAUGGUGACCCAGGACCACACCAUGGCCGUCAAAUAGCAGGUGGUCACCCGAACGACGGUAGCGAUGACACUCAAGCAGCAAUUCAGACUUACCAACCGCCAGAAGCCCAAGUCACCCCGACUGUGCUCGAAGUGAUCUGGGCUGCAAUUACUAGGAUGUUGCUUGAAAAUUGUCCUUGGGUAACUAAACUAUGGGCUGUAUGUGGGUGGUGGGGGGUGGCAUGGGUAUCAUGGGUUAUUGUGGUUAUCACCGCAUUUGCCACCCAGCUCCUGACCUUGGACAAAACUAAAGACACCUUUACUUACCAAUGGGUCAGCCUGUUUUCCUUAUUUGUAUCGAAGCUGGUGCAGAUCACGUUCAUCGUCGUGGGUGCAAGCAAAUGGCCCAAACCAAGAGCAUCUUUUGGGAAUAACUAA